GCGGAGUGUUCCGCUGCUGGCACUGGCAGCCGUUGGGUGGCUGUGCGCGCCGGGUCACAAUUUUGCAGGUUGGCAGCCGGUGCAGGAGACAUCGGAGCUCGUAGCUCGCAGGGCUCUAAAGGCCGGCGAUGAGAGUGGCAAUGUCAACUUGUCGAAUGAGGUGCCGCGCACCUCUGAGGGUGUCUUUGCCAGCCUGGUGGCGAAUUUCCACUGGCUCUUUGCACCUCUGGCUGCACUCGGCUUGGUUCAGAUGGGCGCCGGCCGCGAGAAGAAACUGCAAAAGGCAAUGGAGGGCGAUCUCGCAGCUCCCAGUCGGCGAGACUUGUCGCUGUCGGCGCUAGCCUUGGCAACUCCGGCCUACGCGGAGGAGGCGGCAACUUCGGCACCGGCCAUUCAGACGUCCCCUUGCAAGCUGCAGCGCGUCGUGGUGGACAUUGGGAAUGACGAGCAGAUGGAGAAAGAGUUGAAGUUUUGGUGCGGCGCUGCGGGCAUGAAGGUGCUGAGUGAUGGACCAGGCCCCGAUGGCCAGCGGUCCGUUCUCGUCGGCUACCUGGCCCAGAAAGAUCCGGGUGCUUUUGCCAUUGAGCUCAAGAUUGACCCCAGCGUGCUCACCCGAAAGCGGCCGAGCUUGCUGAAUUACUCGGUCAUGCAGCCCACCGUGAACGCCCUGUGCUUCACCCAAGUCAGCCAGCCUGACACGGUCUACGACAUGUAUGCGCGGGUGGAGGCAUCCCCAGGUACUUCCAUGGUUGGCGAUGCCAGAUACUUGGAUUGCGAGUCCCCGCGUGGGAUCCAAGUGCGGAUGGUGCCCCGCAAAGCAGAUCCUGCCAUCGAGCUCGUGGCUCUCAACAUCGAGGUUCCGGCUUUCAAUCCAACUGUGAAGUUCUACAAGCGAGUCGGCGGAUAUCAGGAGACCGUCUACAACGAAGCUGAGGAAGCUCCCAUUCAGAAGUUCUCCAUCCUCCUGGAAAGCAAAGACCCUGGCCCAAAAUUGCUGCUCUGCCCUGUCCCUGAUUUCCGCGUGAAGCAACGCGACCGGGACGAGUUCGUGAACUUAGUCUUCGCGACGAAGAGCCCGCAGCAGGUCUUCACUGCCGCAAAUAAGGCCAUAGAAUUGGCACAGCAGGAGGAGGCUCAGAAGGACGAGGACGAUCGCCAAAAGGCUCUCCUCUCCGGCAAGAAGCCGAAUGACCAGCCGAAGCAGCAGACGCUGGCACGACCUACUGUGGAGAUGGAUGGCAAAUCUGCUCGCAUUAACGAUGGGGUCGGAAACAUUGUGGUGGUGACAGAUGCCGCCGAGUUCCAGAGCGCCUGA